AUGACGGAUCUUCGACAGCGAGUCCCGGUUGGGGGACUUAGCGAUGUUGGAGGCGAUGUGAUUUGUCUUGAUGAUGAUGGUGUUAUUGACGAGGGAGGGGAUGUCGGCGUCGUUGGUGUGGGUGGUAGUGCUGGGGGGUAUUAUUACUACGAUGACGGGAGUGAAGGUACUUCGGAAUCAGAGACGAGUUCGGAUGAUGAUGAGGAGUGUGGUGGAUGUGGUGAUGGAGAUGGGUGUAGGGGAUGUUGGGAGGAUGAUGAAUGUUAUUUUGAGAUGGUGGGGUGUCUGACUGGAGGAGGGAGGGGAAGAGGAAGUUGUGGAUUUGGAUUUGAGUGUGAGGUUGGUACCGCAGCAAUGAGAGGGAGGAAGGGGAGGAAGGGCAAGUGCAAGGAGUGUGAGAAGAAGAGAAAGUGUAAGGCAUGUGAGAAGAGGAAGAAGAAGAAAAAGGGAAAGGGGUUCUGGAGUACGUUGUAUCCUGUCAAGAAGUUGGGAGAGUGGGGUGGUGAUGUGGUUGGUGUUUCGAGGUAUCCUGGUGAGGUGAGUAUUCUCUUCUCUGUUCCCUUUGCUCCCUUAUUUGACGGCCAUCUUGCCUUCUGGGCAUCUGUGAGGAGAAGAGGGUCAAGGUUUUAA